CCAUACCUUGCCACUUACCUCAUUCACAAUUGAUAUUCUCAAUCUUCCAAAUAUAAUUUAAAACAAAACAAAAACAAAAAAACAAGAACAAGAAAAGAAAACAAUAGUGUUCUGUUUUCCUCUGUUUUUCAAUGGCUCUGUUUUCCUCUGUUUCACUAUGCAUGCUUCUUCUCUUAUCAUUCUUUUUCUUCACAUGUUUCUCAUCAAAACCUAAUAAUCACCAUGUAAAUGACUCAUUCUCUCUUUCUUUCCCUCUAACAUCUCUUCAAAUCUCCACAAACUCCAAAACAAAAACCAACCAACAAUUCACAACACUUUCAUCUUCAUCUUCUUCUUCCAUAAAUGUUAAAUCAUCUUUCAAAUAUUCUAUGGCUCUUGUUGUGACUCUUCCCAUUGGCACACCACCACAGCUUCAACAAAUGGUUUUAGACACAGGAAGCCAACUUUCAUGGAUUCAAUGUCACAACAAAAAAACACCACAAAAGAAACAACCUCCUACUACUUCAUCGUUUGAUCCUUCUCUUUCAUCUUCUUUCUUUGUUCUCCCAUGUAACCACCCACUUUGUAAACCUCGAGUUCCUGAUUUUAGUCUUCCCACAGAUUGUGAUGCCAAUAGUUUAUGUCACUAUUCUUAUUUCUAUGCUGAUGGAACUUAUGCUGAGGGUAAUCUUGUAAGAGAAAAAAUUGCUUUCUCUCCUUCCCAAACUACCCCUCCCAUCAUCCUCGGUUGCGCUACUCAAUCAGAUGAUGCUAGGGGUAUUUUGGGAAUGAAUCUUGGUCGUCUUGGUUUCCCUUCUCAAGCUAAAAUAACAAAAUUUUCCUAUUGUGUCCCCACAAAACAAGCCCAACCCGCAUCCGGUUCAUUUUACCUUGGAAAUAACCCAGCUUCAUCGAGUUUUCGUUAUGUUAAUUUAUUGACUUUUGGUCAAAGUCAACGCAUGCCGAAUUUGGAUCCCUUAGCCUACACACUUCCAUUGCAAGGGAUUAGUAUUGGUGGGAAGAAAUUGAACAUUCCACCUUCUGUUUUUAAACCAAACGCUGGUGGGUCAGGUCAAACCAUGAUUGAUUCGGGAUCAGAAUUUACUUAUCUCGUGGACGAAGCUUAUAAUGUAAUAAGGGAGGAGUUGGUGAAAAAGGUGGGACCCAAGAUUAAGAAGGGAUACAUGUACGGUGGAGUAGCUGACAUUUGUUUUGAUGGAGAUGCAAUUGAAAUCGGACGGCUCGUAGGAGACAUGGUGUUUGAGUUUGAGAAAGGAGUGCAAAUAGUGAUUCCAAAAGAGAGGGUUCUUGCCACGGUGGAUGGUGGGGUCCAUUGUUUGGGAAUGGGAAGAUCAGAAAGAUUGGGUGCGGGUGGUAACAUUAUUGGCAACUUCCAUCAACAAAAUCUAUGGGUAGAGUUUGAUCUUGCCAAUCGUAGAGUUGGCUUUGGUGAGGCUGAUUGUAGCAAAUUGGCUAAAUAAAGCAUCAAAAGGAAAAGAAAAAAAAUUCAUAUAGUUGAGAUAUGGCAGCAGCAUUCACGAAUUGAUAAUCGUUGAAUUCAGACCAGAUAAUAUAUUAAAUACGCGACUAAACUGUCUGAUUUUAAUUCAACGAUUACCAGUGUCCUAACCAUAUGAAUGAAGGGUAUCCCGAUUAUCCCGUCUAUAAGAAGUCUUGAUAUAUCCCUAGAAGGAGAUGAUGAUGAUAGUAUAUAUGGAUGCUAGCACAUGUAACUAUCAUGACUAGGCAUGAGUCGUUUUUUAACUUUAUAGGUUCCACUACCCUAUAAGAAGUAUAUUAUUACAUCAUUACUGUACAGAUGAAACAUACAAGCAUGAGUCGUGAUUGAUCAACACAAUGAUGUUUGUAAUAGCAACCACAAGAGUGAGUGUGUGACAAAGAAAAGUAAGAAACAAGUCUUCCGUGUUGUAGGGGUAAACGUCAAUGGUUUUGGAUUGUGUCAAGUUGUGGGGUUGGUUACAUUCAUGCUAUGCUAAAGAACGAUGCGUCAAAGGCCAUGAUAUAAUCAUGUAUAUAUUAAUCUGAAUGUGACUUAUGUAUAUAUCAUGUUAGAAGAUAUGUCAAUCAUGAUGUAUAUGUGUAUGGUUUGAUAUAUUAAGAUAAGCUUUGAAAUGAUGAUUUACUAUUAUACUAAUAAUAUGCUCCUCCUUCUUUGAA